AUGUUGAGGGUGGUCCUCUCAUCAUUUCGGGUGUCAACUCGUUGCUGCUCAGACUUUGUCUCCAGAACCAGGUAUGUGAGCAGACUGAAAGAGGACGAUGAGGCGUGUGCUGCCGCGCUGCAGAACGGUCACGUUUUCCUGUUCCACCGUCUGUCUCCUCUGCUGCAACACACCGAACAGGGAACAUUCACACCUGCAGCUCUCAGAGCCACAGAUUUGCAGGUGAUCCUUGAGAGACUCGGUUCGGACAGAACCCUUCUGCAGGAGGCGGUUCUGAUUGGCUGUUCUGAACAGAACCAGGCUCAGUUCUGUCUCGAUGUCGGAGUACUGGAUCAGGCAGCAGUCGAAGAAGAGUCUGGAGGAACCUUCAUCGAUCUGAGAAAGGCGUUCUUUCUUCUAACCGGAGCAGCAGCACCUCUGGUGGCCAAGGGUCAGGCUCUGCUGCGCUGGCAUCAAACCAGCGGGUUCUGCAGCGCCACGGGCCAGCCGACCCACCGCAACCAGGCAGGAAGUCAGAGAGUCUGCAGCAGCUCUGGCAUUAUCUACUAUCCCAAGAUGUCUCCAGUGGUCAUCGUCCUGGUGUCUGAUGGGAAACGGUGUUUGUUAGGAAGACAGUCGUCCUUCCCUCGGGGGAUGUACAGUGCACUGGCCGGCUUCUGUGACAUGGGUGAGAUUUUGGAGGAGACUCUUCGCAGGGAGGUGGCAGAAGAGGUGGGUUUGGAGGUCCACAGUGUCUCCUUCAGCUCCUCGCAGCACUGGCCUUUCCCACACAGCUCCUUCAUGAUGGGCUGCCAUGCCUCUGUAAGCCCCGCCCACAUUCAGUUAAAGGUGGACCACUCUGAGCUGGAGGACGCCCGCUGGUUCAGUCUGGAGGAGAUCACCUCGGCCCUGCAGGUGAAGACUCCACCCCGGAGAGGUGACCCCCCUGUCCUCUGGCUCCCUCCAAAACACGCCAUCGCCCACCGCCUCAUCACAGAGUGGGCGGACCGCCAGACACACCGCCAGGUGGAAGAGUAACAUCCAACUGGGACCAGAACACACAGAGUCUUUAACAAACCUGAUGUCCACAACUCAUCCACACAGAGUUCACAGACUCCCGAGACCUCAUCCACAGAGUCCUCAGACCUCAUCCAGAGUCUACAGAGUCCUAAGUCCUCAUCCAGAGGGUGCUCAGACCUCAUUCAGAGUUCUCAAGAGUCCUCAGUCCUCAUCCAGUGUCCUCAGUCUAGAAUGGAGGUCAAAGUGGGCGUCCUGAGGACUUCUUUUAAAAGGACCAGAACCGUCAGAUGAGCGUCUAUGUAGGACUGAAUGUCCUAACGCAGGCAUGUCAAGUUAUUCAGUUGCAGCAGAGACUCACAGAUCAAAAGGAGACAAAGAGACAGACAGACUCGUCCUCUUCAUCACUCAGACAUUGAGUAAGACGUCUCAGUGUCUCUGCGGUCAAGAACAAAAAGUCUUGAGUGUCUCCUUCAGCUGACAGUCGUCUGUUGGUCUGGAGCCGCUCUCAGAUCAGGUCUCAGUUUCUGUUAAAAUGCUGAAAAUUUGAAGCUGCUGGUGCUGAAGUGCUGAGUCAAACAUUUUUCAGAGU